UUAAUUAAUCGAUAAAUUGGAUGUUGGCAGGACCGUCGCUGGAGAAUGUUGACAACUUGAGAUUUUUGACAACUCAAAAUUGCUUUAUUUAUUUGCUGUGGGCUUUUAUUAUCGUUUAAGCACAAUAAACAGCAAACGCAGGAGCUAUCAAAUAUUUGUGUUGCAUGUAGCGACGAGUCGAACUUUUACAGCAUGCUACCAAUUAAUGUGGAGCAACAGUCAUCACGAAGCGCCUUCACACAGGUCUCUUCUGCUCAGGCGUCAUGCAAUCAGUUACCAUUCCUUGCUGAAGACUAUUCAUAUGAUUCACUGAGUAAUGUCGGUCAACUGGAGCAACAAAAAUUAAAAGCUCUGGAGGCUGAACUAAACGAGCUUUUUCAAGUUACAAAGGACUAUAAGAGCCAAAAUCUGGAGUAUCAUCGAAAGAGGCUUUCAGAUAUUUUUCAAAAAGCGGAGGUCGAAAAAGCGGAAGCAUAUAGAAAGUUGGAUUUUAUCCGUAAACAACUUGUUAACCUUGAAGUUUCAAGCGCUAAACCUGCAAAAUAUUUUACGAAUGAUUCUGACUCUGGUUUCAGUUCAAAAUGUGAUAGUGAUCAAGAUGCAAAGAUUUUAAAUGCUUUACGGGACCGCUUACACCGACUGAAUGACGAAAUAUUCGACUUGAAAAAUUGUGCACAAAGACUUAGAAUCGAAAAGAAUGAGCUUUCCACGUGCUUGAAAACAGAAAAGGACUUUGCGCAACGAAAUAGGGAUACAUUAAAGGAUCUGGCUAAUAUGCUUUGUGAAAUGGUAAGUCUCUAAGAAAUUGCUAUAACUUGCUUACAUGUAUAUAUCGUCACCUGAAAUGAGAAAAGACGAAACAACAUCAUCGCUGAAAUGCAAAAUGUCAUAACUAGUAAAAAAUUCAAAAUUCACUUUUUGAUUUAUA